AUGUUUAAUGAUGCCCUCACAAAAAUAGCGUGCAACCAUUUUAACAAUGUAAAUGCUACGGACAUUCACAUAUGCAUAUGCGUGGUGGUAAUUUGUGUGCUGAACAAUUUGGUAUACCAGAAUUUGCUGAAAGACUUUUUAAAAGCCCUGACCGGGAUUUUUAAACAAUACUACGAGGACAAUCGCCAUUUGAUGAGAAAAGUAGAAAGAGAGAAUGAGCUGAGCAGUGUCGUGGCUCUCAACCAUGACACCCCCCAAGCUGGCAACGAGAAUGGUGGUCGAAAUGGACAAAGUGUGCCGCUAACUCGUCCAAGUGAGGCAGACCAAUAUGGUAUCCCCACGCAGGGAUGUACAAAGGACGCAAAAGACAGCAGAGCGAAGAUGAGUAGCUCGCAAAAUAGUUAUCUAGUUAGCGAAAAGGAACAGGAGAAAUAUCAAAAUUUUAAAAUCAUUCUGAGAAACGUACUGAAGAGUUUUUGCCUGUUUUAUGCCCGCAGUUACCUCGACUUCGACUGCAUAACUGAUAUCAUUAAUUUGCUGUGUGAAGACAUAAGCAUUAGCAGCGUGGACAAUAUAAUUAUCAUUUUGAAGAUUUGCGGAAUGAAGCUAAAAAGUGAAGAUGGCAGUCACUUGAAUUACAUCACGGAGUAUUUAAAAAAACAAAUCGACAAUUAUAUCGUGAGGAAUCAUAUUUGCAUCGAAAGGAGCAAACUACGAUUUCUGAUCAAAGAUAUAGAUGAUUUAAAAAAUGGCACAAUGAAAUUUCACUUUUUAAACAAAUUUGAAUUCCUCUUUAGCAUCUUAAUUGAGUUUGAAAAUAAAUAUAACUUCAAGGGGAAAAUGGUAUCUUUUUCAUUCUUAAAAAUUUUUAAAAGUGCCGAAUGUUCCAACACACAGGGAGGAAUAAAAGGCGCCAAAAGGAGAAAAAUCAGACAAAACGAAGAAAUGGAAAAAAAGGAUAUGUAUCCAAAUGGUACACUAGUAGGGAGCGAAACUAAGACAGAUGAUAGGGACAAUAACCCUCUCGGUGAAGAAGAAGCCACAUCUGUGAAGAACAAAUUUUGUAAGCUAAAUUAUCUAAUCGCGGGGGAAGAAGAAUAUUUUAACGAAUCUCACUUUGGUAAACUUUUAAAAAAAUAUAAAAUUCAAGGAAUUUUACCGAAAAAAAUUUUCUUAAUUAUAAAAAAUAGUCUGGACGUAAAUGAGUGUGUGCACAAUUUAUCUUUAAUUUUAAAAAAGAAGAAAAACAUCCCUCAUGUAAUCCAGACAAUUAUUCAAACCCUGUUGUAUGAAAAAAAAUAUAAAGUUGCCUAUGCCAAGAUGUUAAGAAAUAUUUCCAAUGUUAAAAGUAGAAUAUUUUUAUUCAGCUUAAAAACGGUUUUUAUAAAUUACUUGAAGAAUAUCAAUAAUUACGAUUUAAAGCAAGUCCUUUUUUUAAGUAAAUUAUUUACUUUUUUGUUUAAAGAGAAGUUCUUAAAUUUUCGCAUUUUUAAAUUCAUCCAAAUGGAUCCACACGAAAUAGGAAGGGGAAAAAAAAAGCAACAUUGUAACCUCUUCUUUUUCUUGAAAACCGUUUUCAUUUUAAUUUCCCUACAUGACAAGUCCAGUGAUUUAACCACCAACAGUGAAUUGUGGUGUCAUAUAAUGCAAACCACGCAGUGUGGCCAAUUGGGAAGCUCCACCAUUUCUGCUUUUAAAGGAAUUGUAAAGAAGUACAUAUUUGACGAGGCAGAUAACAUCGUGCGCGUGUACCCCAACUUUAAGAUAAGAUAUGCUGAGAAGUUUUUCGCCUUUCUGGGGGUGGAGAAGGAGUAA